AUGGCAGAAGUGGGCCGGGUGCAGGUGUGCGAUCCCGGCGGGCUGCUUCCGGGUGGCUUCUGGGCGGCCGUGGCCGUGUGGCUGGAGAGGCCGCAGGUAGCCAACAAGCGGCUAUGCGGCUCCCGGAUAGAGGCCCGCCGGAGCGCCGCCCUGCCAAGCGCGGGCCCCGAGCGGAAGGAGCGGGACGCGGCGGGACCCGGUCCGCAGGAGGGACCAGAACCCGGUCAGGGUUCUCCUGAGAGAGAUUCUAAUUCCAGGCCGGGAUUAGGACCUGAGCACGAGGAGGGUGCCGCGGCGGGACGUGGACUCCAGGAGGGGUCCCCCGAGGGUGACCCUGACUCCAGGGCAGGAUUAGGACCUGCGCAGGGCACUGCUGGUCGUGGACGCGAGGAGGCCCAGGGCUGGCGCCCCCAGGUUAGGGAGCAGAAGGAAGCAGCCGCAGCGCCUCCGCUCGCCGCGGACCCCACACAGCCCCCACAGACUGCAGGCAGUCAAGGCGAAGACCCCGCAGCAAAUCUGGAUUUGAUCUGGGACCAUUUCUCCAAAAGCCUUGCCAGCGGCAACUCGGAAAUGCUGGCCUUCCUCACUGGCUCUCGGGAGGGAUCGCAACCAGAAGCACCGCAUGAACUCGACCUGAUUCUCAGGAUUGUCAUCCCGAAAGCGAGUCCUCAUAGCCGACUCACAGCCCCGAGGAGAGAAAUAGUCGUGCAAGAUGUCCCCAGUGGAACUGCAACGUUUUUGCCCUUGGAAGAAGAUGUUGAGGGGAGCGUAGAGGUUCAGAUGAGCAAUGUAUAUCAAGUCCAACUCCAGCAUAGUGAAGGAAAGUGGUUCAUUUCUGUUUUAAUUUUCUGUCCAGAGAGGUGGCAUUCGGAGGGAGUUAUAUAUCCCAAACUCACCUGGCUUGCAGAAGAGUUGCUGGCCAAGUUGGCCAGGUGGUCUGUGGAGAACAAGAAGAGCGAGUUUAAAAAUACUCUUUCUCUCAUUUCCGUCAUGAGGUACAGCAGGACAUACCAGGAACUUAAAGAGAAGUACAAAGAAAUGGUUAAGGUGUGGCCUGAAGUAACUGAUCCUGAAAAGUUUGUAUAUGAAGAUGUAGCUAUCGCUACGUACCUGCUGAUCCUAUGGGAAGAGGAAAGAGCCGAGAGGGGAGUAACAGCCAAGCAGUCCUUUGUGGACUUGGGCUGUGGGAAUGGUCUCCUGGUCCACAUCCUGUGCAGUGAAGGGCACCCAGGCAGAGGGAUUGAUGUCCGAAGAAGGAAAAUUUGGGACAUGUAUGGACCCCAGACUCAGCUGGAGGAAGGUGCAAUCACCCCAGGUGAUAAGACCCUUUUCCCUGACGCUGACUGGCUGAUUGGUAACCAUUCUGAUGAGCUCACACCCUGGAUACCUGUCAUCACAGCCAGGUCUUCCUACAACUGCAGGUUCUUCGUUCUACCGUGCUGCUUUUUCGACUUCACUGGGAAAUACUGCCGGAGGCAGAGCAGGAAGACACAGUACCGGGAAUACCUGGACUUCAUCCAGGAGGUGGGGCUCUCCUGUGGCUUCCACGUGCAGGAAGACUGCCUCAGAAUUCCUUCCACCAAGCGGGUCUGUCUCAUUGGAAAAUCCAGAACAUACCCUCCCACUGGAGAAGUCUGGAUGGAUGAGCAGAGGGCCCGGUACAUUCAUGGCAGGAGGGGCCAUCCUGUGAGCCCGCCUGGCAAGGAGCACUCCUGUUCUGCACCUGAGGUUGCUGCUGGCAGUGCUGGUCAUCAAGACAGUCCCGCAAGCUUGGGUUCAGGGACUGAAUGUGUGCCUGAGGCCUUGCCUGCCGAGCAGGGAGCAGGGACCCAAGCUGCAGCAGUCUGGCUUCCUGGUUUCCAGCCUAGAGAAAAAGCUGAGCCCGUGAGGAAUUGUGCCACCCUCCCUCGAGACUUUGUUGACCAAGUGGUUUUGCAAGUGGCAGAUUUGUUGUUAGCUGGAAAGAAGUUAAACACAGCAAGUUCUCAGGAAGGGAGUUUGAAGACCUGGAAUGGAGGAGGGAGCUAUUCCUUGGCUGAAGUGGCCAGUGAGCUAGACAGGGAGACCCUGAGAAGGCUGAAGCGGGAGUGUGGAGGCCUGCAGACACUGCUCAGGAACAGCCACCAAGUGUUUGAAGUUCUGAAUGGGCGAGUUCACAUUCGAGACUGGAGGCAAGAGCUACAGAAGGAGAAGCGACCUGCAGCCAAGCGGAGCCUGUCUUCAGAGGCUUUCAAGACCCGCCUCUGUUGGUUUUUCACUCACCAUCCUGAUGGCUGUGUGCUGCCUUCCUCCUGCUGUCCAUUUGCUCAUGGGCCUGGGGAGCUGCAGCCAUCCCAGACCUCCCAGAAGCAGAGACAGAGCACGUGAGCCAAUGGGAGGCCAGGCCAAGAGGGCUGUGCUCCCUGGGCCAGCCAUUGUGCUGGCUCCCCUUCUUCCUCCCGAUGGCCUGGUGAUAACCAUUCUCACAUUCAAAGCAGAAGAGCUACCUUCCCUCCAGACGCCUUGGAGGAGGUUGGGUUUGUUUUAAACCCUGCCUCUUCUGAGUUUACUGCCUGUUUGUAUCAGAUAGCACAUGUUCUCAGCACAUCUCCUAUGGGGACCAGCUGGAGAGCCCACUUAGACCACACUGACCUGGAGCUGCCAUGUCAGCCCCUGCAGACCACAGACUUCCCUGAGGAGGCAGUGCGCCAGCCUUUCGCUGUCCUGGAAACACUGCUAGGGUGAUCACCAGGUUCGUCUUGGCAAAGGUGUGAGGCUUUCUGGUAAAGAGAGUGCCCACAGCACCUCACCUGAGGCACUCUAGUAGCACUGAGAUUAGAAAUCUGUACAAGGUUCAGAAUGUCACUGCACCUCCUCCCUGCCAUUCUCCACAGGGUCCUUCCCAGAAGCGUUGAGCCAGCUCUUUUGCUCCUUUCCAGGAAAAAUUCCCUGUGUUACCACUUACAACUAUUUCCAGUUUCACACAAAAGGUCACUGUUACUACACUGUUCUUCCCCUUGGGUUUCCACCCAGUGUAACCUGGGACCUCUCCCCCUGGGCACAAUUCCCUCUGAUCCUGAAUAGCUACGUCACGUUACUAGUGAGGGUGCACUUGGUGCCAUUUGUGCUCUGGUGGAUGAGUGCUUGCUUCCCACCCCAAGUUGUGGUGCCUGGUGCUGGGCUUCCCCUCAUCAGUGGGUAAGGGAAGCCCAUUUGAGAAUGGGUCCAUUUCAGUAAAAGACAGAUAUGACACGAGACGCUACGGUGUGGAUAGUUCGUGAAGAGUUCAAAACCAGGGAAAAGGCCCUCAAAUGGUGCUAGUUUGGAUAUCACUGCUCUGUGGCUCCUGCCAGAGUUAAGAGCAGGUGUACCUGCAUCUCCAUGCUCUCUCAUGCCCUGUCUGUCUCUGUCUCUGUCCUGCACACUGUAGCCUCUGCUCCCACCCGCCCUGGGCUGCUCAUCUGUCAGAGUGGCAGGAAUACUCGCUGCAGGAAGCAGCUAGGAUGCAGGAAAGAGCCUGGGGUCACCCCCACAGGUCUCUGAUGUAUUUGUUGGAGCUCACGGAGCAGAAGGAACACCUUGGGCUAUGAAUGAGUCGGAGAAAGCUGCUCCCACAAGGCUUGCACAGAGGUCUCUGAGGGAAGAUGAAUUGGCCAGUGUUAGUUACAGAGCUCUGUGGUUGAUUGAAUCACUAAUUCAUCCAUCCUGUGGAGGCUGGGCAGGGCACAGGGCACCUGGCUCCCCCAGGACAGAGCACAGAAAAGGAAGCUAGUAAGUGCCGGCUCCCUGGUGAGUGGAGGCUAGUGAUCUUUAAUCAGAAGAUCUGGGCGGGGGGACUCCCCCAUCUCUUGCUCAGCUGAUCUGACCUGUAUGUGUGUAUGGUGGUGGGAGGGGGGGUCUGCCCCUCAGGACUUUCUGCCCUUGCUUUCUGGAGCACAAGAGAGUGGGAGACACCAGGGCUAGGAGGAGGAUGGCACCCUCCCUCCAUGUGAUCCUGACUCCUUGGUGUGAGCAUUGAGCAAGCACUUAGCACCUUCAGCCAGCCACAGUCCGAGCUAGACAUUGGAGUGCAGUCUGUGCAGCAGGGUGUCCUGGGAGGAUCUCGAUCGACAUCUGCCCUGUGGACAGGAAGGAGUGCUUCCUAACAGCAAUGGUGGCCAUGAAACACUUGUCUUUGCCUCUCCUCCUGGGAGUUUCUUGGGUGGGGACUAUGUGGUGGUUAGGUGAAGAGGGGCCUUGUUACUUCCUUACCCCCAGACUUGCUGGUGUGUCAUGCCAUGGC